UCGCCCGCGUCCUCGUCCACCAUGUCGUUCCUCGUCCAGCGCCUUGUCGACGCCGCCAAGAUGCCCGCCCGCGGCUCGGCACUCGCAGCAGGCUACGACCUCGCCGCCGCCGAGGCCAAGGUCGUUCCUGCGCAGGGCAAGGCCCUCAUCAGCACCGGGCUCGCCAUCGCCGUCCCUGAAGGCACCUACGGCCGCAUCGCGCCCCGCUCUGGCCUCGCGAGCAAGCACAUGAUCGACACGGGCGCGGGCGUCAUCGACGCCGACUACCGCGGCGAGGUCAAGGUCUUGCUCUUCAACCACGCCAAGGAGGACUUCCAGGUCAACGCCGGCGACCGCGUCGCGCAGCUCAUCCUCGAGCGCAUCGUGACCCCGGAGCCGCAAGAGGUCGCCUCGCUCGCCGACACGGAGCGCGGCGCCGGCGGCUUUGGCUCGACGGGC